AUAUACAGAUACGUAGGUAAGUUAUUCCAACGUCAGGACGCCGGUGGCAGGUCAAAAAUAACUUUGUGUAACUUUGAUUUUUAAUAAAUUUCAGUCCAUAAAAAACUAUUUAUGUACAAAGUAGAUCGUUAUAUGUUCCAAAAAUGAAUUUCAAGUUGUUAGUCACCUUUGUCACAAUACUGCAUUUUGGUCACACCGCAAACAUCACUAUAGAUGUUGGUGCAGACAUCACAAGCAGCCCAUCAUGGGAGAAUCAAUGCGCCAGCGGAUACCAUCAACUGGAGACGUUUAGUUGUGACCAAGGUCCGCUGAUCCCACCAGAAGAUUACACGGGGAGUGAAGGGUAUUGGACAAGAUGUUCCGUUUUCUUUGUUCCCCGAUGUGACAUUUUUUACCGACCUCCAGAGGGAACGGUGUGGAAACAGGUCAUCAUCGAGGCCUACUUUCAAGGAGGGGCAUCAGUUGAGGUGGCCGUAGAACACACGGGUGGUUUCUUUACACGAUUCCUGCAAGCGACUCAAGGAUGGAACACCGCCUCCGUCGAUAUCUCGCAAUUGCCAACCAUUAUUGAAAUUAAAGUAGCUCCAGAGUUUCAGGGGAUAGCCUCAUACACAGCAAUUGAUAAAAUCAUAUUGGACGACGAGGCUCCUCUGCCUACCACAACAACGACAACAACUCCACCUCCGUCAACCACUGAAGGUCAGGUUGAGACAACACUUGAGGAGGAUAUUACUACAGAACCAUCACCAACGGUUUCAAAUUGAGAAUGAUAAGUUGUGUGCUAAAACAAUACGCAUCAUUUUAGAAAGUUUUUAAUUUCCACAUAGUGCUUGAUUACAAGUUUCAAGUCCAAUGUAAUUACAAUAAAUAUUGUUGUUCAUGAAA